GCCCCCCGCACUUGGCUGAUUUGAUCUGUUGGUUAAGGUUUCUUCAUUUAAUUCUACACUCUCACCAUACUCCACACAGCGAGGGCUCCUGUGAUAAGAACUCUAGCUCCUGUGAAAUUAACUCUUUGUAUUUAAGACAAUGAGCUACCCCCCUCCGGGUGGCUAUGGGAUGUACGGCUAUGGGGGUAUGCCCCGGCCAGGUGCCCCGCCUCCAAUGCCGCAACAGCCUCCCCCCCUAGGAUUUGAUGCCAUGGGACCUCCCCAGCCAGGAGGGAUGCCGAUGCCAAUGCCAGGCCCUUACCCCUCAUUUGGUUACCCCACGUCAGUACCAGGAGCUGCCCCGCCCUAUGGAGGACCCCCACCUCCUGUUUCCUGUGGUCCUCCUAUGGGGAUGCCUAGCAUGCCAAUGCCAGGUUAUGUGCCUCCACAACCAAGUCCUGCGUAUGGAGGCCAGGGGAACUUAUCAUUUGGGGCUGCGGCUAUGGCGACAACAGUGUUCCCGUCACAUUACAAAGCAGGAAUGAAUAACCCUGGCCCAAGUAUGCCACAGCCUUCUGCUUCAAUGCCAAUGUCAGAGCCCCCCAUUGUACCCUACUCCGCCCCACAAGGGGUCUCAUCUGCACCAUCAUCAUCAAUGUCAUCAGCGCCACACCUAUCCUCAAAGCCUACUCGACAGGGCCGCCCCUCAGUGAGAGAAUACACCUCAUUUGAUGGCAGAAAAGAUGCAGAUACGCUAAGAAAGGCAAUGAAAGGAUUAGGUUGCGAUAACAAGGCUCUGAUGUAUCUGCUGUGCUCAAGAACAAAUUCCCAGAGACAAAGAAUAUCUCUUGAAUACAAAACCAUGUUUGGAAGGGAUCUCAUAAAGGACUUGAAGAGUGAGGUGGGCGGGUAUUUUGAGGACACUGUUAUCGCACUGAUGACCCCUCCUGCGGAAUAUGAUGCAACACUGCUCAGAAAAGCUAUCAAGGGCUUAGGGACUGAUGAAGCUGUUCUGAUUGAAGUCUUGACAACGAGGACAAAUGACGAAAUAAUUGCCAUACGCAAUGCCUACAACACUUUAUUCUCACGUGACUUGGAAAAAGACAUCGCGGGUGACACUUCUGGGAAAUUCAAAAAGUUCCUCAUCUCCCUAUGUAACGCGAAUAGAAUCGAGACAGCGCCAGUAGAUUAUUUGAAAGCACAACAAGAUGCACAGGCGUUAUACAAAGCCGGCGAGGGUCGAUGGGGCACCGACGAAUCCAAGUUUAACAGCAUCCUUGCUUCACGGAGCUUUGAUCAGCUGAGAGCGACUUUCAACGAGUAUUCAAAAAUAUGCAAAUAUGACAUCGAGGAAUCCAUCAAGAGAGAGAUGUCAGGGGACUUGCGUGAUGGCAUGGUCACGAUAGUUCGCGUCGUUAAGAACGCACCAGCCUUCUUCGCAGAAAAACUCUACAAGAGCAUGAAGGGACUGGGUACGGAUGACAAGACGCUGAUUCGUAUCGUGGUCACUCGGUCAGAGGUGGACAUGCUGGACAUACGGGACGAGUUCCACAAGAUGUACGGCACAACGCUCGCAAGAUACAUCUCGGACGAUACAAAGGGUAACUACAAGAAAAUCCUACUUCAGCUAAUAGGCGAGCCCGUAAAGUGACCCACUGCCAUGACGUCAUAGAUUACCCAGGUCCCAUCGGCAGCUUAGUAACGAGGCUGACUGAUUCCCAGUCUAUCGCAGUUCACUGGGCGCACAGGAAUCAGAUGAGCUAUUGAAUCAAUUUAAACAUGUUUAUUUUAAAGCUUUUAGUAUAUAAAAGGUCCUCAAAA